UUUAUACAGGAGGGUUGAACCUCCUCACAGAUGUACUGUGCUAUCUCUCCCUCUCCGUCUUUGAGCCAGUGCAGACCAUCAGGACGGUACUACUCAUAUCGACUCCUCCGGAUAGCGUCGGGAAGGUCAAACUACGGCUGUACCUCCUGACCAGCCCACGGUACUCGCUUGCUUCUUCGCCGCAGCUGGAGGGGUGGAACCCGGACUGACCCAAGCCAGCAGUCCGCCUGUGUCUCGCCGCCUCUGCUGCUCCAUGAGCCGGCGUGGUGUGUGCGCAGGCAGCCUGCUGUGGAGCGAUGGAUUCCCCCCGCUGAAUCUGCCCCAUCGACACAGUGUGAUGUAUCUCUCCUCCCCCUGGCGGGCUGUGAGGGCAUGAGACUGAGAGGAGGGCGGGAUUUCAACCCUGGCUCCCAGCUGAAUGUGUCCCCUCAUCCUUCUCUGGCCCCUCCACCUGUCUCCUGGUUACCAGGGGUCCUCAGCAAAGGCGUGCGCCUUCGUCUGCGUCUGGAUCGCCGUGACGACCGAGGGCGGAGCUAUUGGCAGCUGGUUGAUUUGGAUGCGGGGUCAGAAACAGUGGGGCGGAGACAGAGGAAGCGUGCACCUGAUAUCUGUGAAAAAAGUCUGAUGAGUACCUUGUCUGCCGGAUCAGAGAUGCAGAUGCCCGCACUCAGUCCACAGUUCGUAGCGGGGCCACAAGGUAAAGUACCUGGCAGGAAGAGAGGAAGGCCUCCUAUUCGUAAGCUGGAGUUCCAGGGUCACUACAUCGAGUCUCUGCCGCCUCUCAAAGUCCCAAAGAAGAGGGGCAGAAAACCUGGCUUUAAGCUGAAGCCCAGGAUGGUGAUGUCUCCACUGGCAAACUCUCCUCCAAACAGUACACCAGAGCCUGAGAUGGGAUCUCUCCCACAGGAUGCUGCUAUCGUCCCCCACUCUGCCACUCCUCAAGUCCUAACAGCAGAGACACCAAUGCCUGAUGACUACUUAUGUGACCCACCAGUGGACACCAAGCGCUACGCUGUUGAUCCCAGUGACUCUGCCUUCAACCUCAUGGCAUCACAGUACCCACAAAAACACUCCUAUGGUUACCGUGGCAGCAGAUGUUCUGCUCAGAUGGGCAUGUGCAGACAGGCGUCAAGCCUAGGAAGCUUCCAGGAGGGGAACAGGAAUGGUCACAGUCCAAUGCCUGACAGUGGAGACUGUAAGCGUCCUGCAGGUAAGGACCCAUCCAGGUGGGGUGUUGAGGACGUUGUUUGGUUCAUCAAAGAGGCUGACCCCCAAGCCCUGGGACCCCACGCUGAAGCAUUUAGAAAACAUGAGAUAGACGGAGACGCUCUGCUCCUACUAAAAAGUGAAAUGAUGAUGAAGUAUCUGGGACUGAAGCUGGGACCUGCUCUUAAACUGUGUUACCAUAUCGACAGACUCAAACAGAAUCGGUUGUGAUUUACUGAUCACCUUUCACCAAAAAACUGCACCAAUGCCAAUUCUGCCAUACUUUCUCAACCAUCAGCAAUAUAUCAUAAACACCCGUGGGAUCCUGAAUACAAACUUACCAGCCUUCACUGCAUUUAAAAAUAUGUGUAAUGGACACAAUGGACAUCCUGGUUGUAUAUAUCCAUCAUUGUUUACUGGGUAUCUCAAUGGCUUUAGCUGUAAAUGAGUGUAAAAUGACUGUAUUUUGAAACAGCCUUUGUUUGUGUCCUCUGUUGUUGGCACACAACUCAGUGCAUCCUACUCGAAAUGACGAUAUUAGUCAGUGCAGAUCUUCAUCAUGCAUAGGGUAUGGACCCAUUGGAGGUUCGAAAAAGGCAGGAAACUUCUAUGGUGCUUUUUUCAUCACAUCAUAUUACAUAAAGAAAUCUUUGGGUUGAUAGACAACUCCACUGAAAAACUCUGCUGCAGUUUUGGGGUGGGUUUUGUUGUAAACUGAUUAAAAUAAGAACCUACAUACAAACUCUACCAAAAUAACAAUCUACAACAUCUAUCUGAAUCCAUCCUGUGGAAAUCCAGAUUGGGUGGAAAAAAUUGAUUAAUUUUCUGAGAUGUCCUAUCCCAAAGAUGAGUCUUGUCUGUUCAUCCAUUUCAUUUGUUGUAUAAAGGCUUCACCAUAAUACAACAAACUCUAUCAGAAGCAAAUGUGUUUCUCGCACUCAAGAACAGUGAGUUAUUUUCUCACAUGAAAAUUUUCACCACAAACCACAACAGGACAUUAAAGCAACAUGGUGCUACAGCAAUCAGAGGUGCAAACAGUCACAGGAAGGACUGGAGACAUUGUGUUUUUUCACUGUGUUCUCAUGAAUUGUGCAAGCAGCAGGCCACUUUACCAAGGGAGGCUAUUUUACUUGGGGCUCCGAAAUAACAUAGAACUGGGUCCUCAAUUAAACCAUUACUGCCACUACAGACACCUCAUUGCCAUCUUUACCAAAUAAUGUAAAGCUAAUGUUCUUCUCAUGCAAUACCUCUCUACUGUGUUUUUAAAUAAAAAGGCCUUUGAGAUGUUUUGUGUUCUGAACAGUGAUAAAAAGCAGUAUAUCUUCUUCAGACAGUAAGAAGUGAAAAACUAUCUACAGCAUUAAUUUUGACAUUUUUUGCAACUGCCAAAUACAAUCAUGUCAUGGAAUUGUAGAAACAACCUGUAAACACAGUUCAUUUUUUUUAUUCAAAAAUUCUGUGUAGUAUUUAUUUUUCUUUCUUCUGUGUUUUGCUUAAAUUCUGAAUAAUGAAGUACAACAUGUAUGUGUAUGUAUAAAUUCUUAAAGACUGUAUUUUACCUCAGUAAGCUGCAAGUGACAACAGGAUUUAACAUUAUUGUCCAAUUCUGCAUUUUCAAUCUGAUAGCUUCAUGAUUUAAAUGUUACAUAAAAUGAAGUGGGUUGCACAGGAACUGUUUUCUCUGGAUUAGAAAUGUUCAUUACUCAUGUGAGCCAUAUUAAAUCAAGUUUGACUCCCCCAUUUUUUUAAUUAAGCUUACUUUUC